GAAGCAAGGCGAGCAAGAAAACUGUUUAAAAAUUAAAACAUCUCAAAGCAAGCACCACACCAGAGAAGAGAGAGAGAGAGAGUCUCCUACCUGUUGCCCUUUCUUUGACACCGCUGUAUGUUAAGAAGAAAAUAACUUUUUCUUUUAGGAAAAAAGAAGAGAUAUUUUUGGUCGAAAUUCGAAAAAGAUUCUUUAAGCAUUUUAUAUCUGGGAAUUCCGUUCGAUUUCCACCAGAAUUUAUCAUCCGGUUAAGAUCAAUUUCUCUUUAUAUUUUGGUGCUGAAAUGGUUUUUGACGCAUUUCCCAGCUGGAACUUCACGUAAAUUUCCAUAAUUCAGAUCAGAGAUUCGGUAUAUCUGAGAUUUGGAGCUCUGUUGGUGAUUCUAGCGGUGAAGUCAAUUCUGGAGUUGAAUAGUGUUUGAGAGAAUUUUCUGGCGAAAGGAAAAAAAAAAAAAUCAGAAGAGAGCAUUUCGAACACAGCUGCUGGGAAUCGGAGUCUUAACGUUCAAAUCCAGACCUCAAUUUGCGUAGGGAAUUAAAUGCUACUCCGAUCUCAGGCGGAGCCCUCACAUCUAUAAAAAUAUUCUGCUUUUGCUAGAGAAACGGAUCUGACAACAAGGAGAAGCAUUUACAUGAAACAGAAGAAUCUCUUGAGUUUUCAAAAUCUGGAAAUCAGCCCCCCAGCUCCAGAAUCCAAACAGUUUCGUAAAAUAGUUCAUAGAUAUUGAUCACCGGAAUAAUUCAGAGUUCCUUUCUUCCAAAAAAAAAAAAAGGAAAUAAAGUUGGUUCAAAGCCAUCUCGGUCGAGGAUGGAGCUUCCUCAACAACAGCGUCUCUUCGAAACCGAAGGAAGGAAGCCAACACACGACUUUCUCUCACUGUACAGUCAUUCAGCUGUCCAACAAGAUCCAAGGCCACCUUCUCAAGGUUUACUCAAGACUCAUGAUUUUCUACAACCACUAGAACGGGCUGGGAAGGCCACUGCUAAAGAAGAAACCACCGGUGAGAUUUCAUACAUUGAAAAGGCGCCGCCUCCCCCACCACCACCCUCAGUGGAGCACAUUCUCCCUGGUGGCAUUGGAACUUACAGUAUUAGUCACAUUUCCAAUUAUUUCAAUCAAAGAAUCCCGAAGCCAGAGGGUAGCACAAUAUUCACCGUAGCUCAAGCAAGUAGUACAGAUAAAAAUGAGGAGCAUUCCAACUGCAGUUCUUAUACCGGAAGUGGAUUCACUCUGUGGGAAGAAUCUGCAUUGAAGGUAAAGCCAGGGAAGGAGAAUGACGGAGAAAGAUCCGACACUGUAAGAGAGUCGGGGGCGGCGAAGGCGCGGCAUUGGACGUCAUCUGAGAGGCCAUCACAGUCGUCAACGAACACUCAUCGCAAUAGUUUCAGCUCUCUUUCUUCCUCCCAACCAUCAGGGCAGAAUGGCCAGAGCUUUAUAGAAAUGAUAAAAUCAGCAAAAGUUAGUUCCCAGGAUGAUAAUUCAGAUGACGAGGAGUUCAAUCUUAAGAAAGAAAGCCCUUCACUUAUGCGUAAAGGGGAAUUGAGGGUAAAAGUGGAUGGAAAGCGCACCGAACAGAAAGCUAACACGCCACGAUCAAAACAUUCUGCCACUGAGCAACGGAGGAGGAGCAAAAUAAAUGAUAGAUUUCAGAUGUUGAGAGAACUCAUUCCACACGGCGACCAAAAGAGAGACAAGGCAUCUUUCCUUUUAGAGGUUAUAGAGCACAUUCAGUUUUUACGGGAAAAAGUACAAAAAUAUGAAGGGUCUUACCAGGGAUGGAACCAUGAACCUGCAAAAUUGGUGCCAUGGGGAAACGGUAACAGGCCUACAGAAAGUUAUAUCGAUCAAUCUCGUGGGAUGAAUAGUGGUGCUGGUCCUGAAUUAGUAUCUACUGCAAAGUUAGACGAGAAAAAUAUCACCCUCUCUCCAACCAUUCCGGGAAGUACACAGAACCCAGUAGAAUCUGAUAUGAGGUCGGCUACUGCCUUCAAACUGUUGGAUCACCGUCCUGAAAUGACAAAUAAAGCGAUGCCUUUUCCUAUGGCACUGAAGCCAAACUACUUCAAUUCUGGUAGAAGUGGUGAUGCAGUGGCUCAAGUUUCACCGAGGCUGGUAUCAGAUGCCGAGAACGGGGCAUAUCAACCUCAAACCCCAUCACAUCAUGUCAGAUCAUGUAUCAGUGACGGAGGUGUUGCCGGUGAUAAGCUGAAAGAACAGGAGCUGAGCAUUGAAGGUGGUACAAUUAACAUCUCAAGUGUGUACUCACAAGGGUUGCUAAAUACUCUGACACAGGCACUGCAGAGUUCUGGAGUAGAUUUGUCGCAGGCCAGCGUCUCAGUGCAAAUUGAGCUUGGAAAGCGAGGAAAUAGAAGACCAAUUAUUCCAGCAUCCAUUGUUAAGGAUAAUGAGGUUCCCUCAAGCAACCAAGGGACAAUACGGCCAAGAGCAUCAAGCGGAGAGGAAUCCCAUCAAGCCUCAAAGAAGAUCAAGACAAGUAAAAGUUAGUACAGAAGUGUCAUAAUAUUUCUCUUUUUUUUUUCCCUUAAUUUAUUCAUUUUUUUUGAUAGCCUGUGUCGUCAUGGGAGUUUAUGCAUGUCUUUUCCUGGUUUAUAUAAACUACCCAGUUGAGAGCAAGACGAUUGUACAUGUAUAGGUUUGUUGGGAUGCACAGAAUUCCUAACAAACGAAUUUGUAUUAUUCAUUUUGUUUUUGUGUAUCCUCAUAUAGGCUUUUCCAUAUUCUAACGCUGAGAAGCAGUUUUUUCACUAAAUCUUCCAUUCUUGUGAAGUAUCUAAACCAUUAACUUUUAUUCUUAUCGACAAUUUGACAUCAUUUUGUAUUAGAUAUUGUACUUAUCUCA